AUGGCAUCCGAUCUAAACGACACCGUUUUCCCUGAAGAAGAUCUCGAUGACGACGACGAAACUCAAGAAGACGAAGAGGAGGAUGACGAAGACGACGAUGUUUUAGACGAUGAAGAAACCGAACCCUCUCAUUCCGUCCUCGCAGCCAUAACCCUCGCUGCCCCCGGUUCCGCCGUCUCCCAAACACUCGCCACCGCGUCUACGGCUAUUGUUGUCGCCGAUUCCUCGCCCAAGAGGCCGCGCACGGAGCAAGUCGAGGAGAAAAAGGCGCUUGACGAUUCGCGGCGAUUGUUCCAGCGCCUGUGGACGGACGAGGACGAAAUUGGGCUCUUGCAGGGGUUUCUGGACUACACGACGCAGCGAGGAUCCUCUCACCACAACGACACCGCUUUGUUCUACGACCAGAUCAAGUCGAAGCUUCAACUCGGUUUCAACAAGAACCAGCUCGUCGAGAAGCUCCGAAGGCUGAAGAAGAAGUACCGCAACGUCCUCACCAAAAUCAACGAUGGCAAGGAAUUCUCCUUCAAGAGCCCUCACGACAGAGCCACCUUCGAAAUCUCGCGGAGGAUCUGGAGCAACACCGCCCCAAUCACCGGUCCCGUCGAAGACGACGACGAAAUCAACCCUAACCCUAAUCUUAUUCCCAACCCUAAUUUCAGCCAUUCGGCGAAGACGUCGCUGUCGCGGAAGCGGUCGCGGUCUCGAUCGGAGAAGCGCGAGUUCCACGACGGUUCAGCGUUGAAUAAGGAUACUAAUUGUAUUGGCAAUAGUAACAAUAACAGUAACAAAGAUAAUGAAAAUUGUAACCAUAGGCAUAGCUUACAGAGCUUGAUUGAAGAGACGGUGAGGAGUUGCGUGUCGCCGGUUUUGAAGGAGUUGGUGAGUGGUGGCAUGGGAUUUGGUUUUGGGGGAAGAGGGUUUGGAGUUGGAGGAGGGUUUCCAUUGAAUUCCUUGCAAAUGCAAAUGCAAAUGCCAAUGGCUUUGAGUUCAUUGAAUUUGGGCAUUGGGGAAAUGGUGAUGGAUGAGAAGUGGAGGAAGCAACAGAUUUUGGAGCUGGAAGUCUAUUCCAAGCGUUUGGAAUUGUUGCAGAAUGAGAUCAAGGUUGCUCUCGAGGAGUUGAGAUCCUCCGGUGGAGGAUGACUCAAAAUAAAUCAAACCGUUUAUAGGGUUUAAUUUAUUUUUUUUUUUCUUUUUUUAAUAGUUUAGGUUUUCAUUAUUGCAGACAGCAGUUGUUUAAUAAUGUGUUCUUGUUUUUCUUGUCUUGUGUAAAAUUUUCUUCUACGCUUAUUAAUAAUUUACAUGUACAGCUUCUUUAUA